UUUUUUUUUUUUUUUUUUUCUAGCUUGAAGUAGCGACGAAGCCACAUAGUUCUAAUAAUGAGAGCGGAUGUGCUUCGAUCCGGUGAAGGCUUAGAAUUUGGAUUCCAAGGGGAGAAGGAAAAAAAAAACAAAAAAAAAGAAAGGGUUCUUGUAACUAGUUGGAAUCUGACCAAACAGCGUCCUGAUCUAGCAGCGUUACGGAGUACAAGGGUAACAAUAUCCUAAUAAUGAUGGGAGUUCACUGGUGCCGAUCGCACCGUAAAAACCCCACUUUUUGAAGGCUUCAUACCAUACGCAGCGUACGGAGUAGUUGUGACAGAACAGUUUUCAUUAUUCUCUUUGAACGACGAUGGGAUGGUGUGUCUCCGUGGAGGAGGAGGCCGAGUCCAGGCCAAAAUUAUAUCGGUCGUUGGUCAUGGUUUGGGGAGUGAGUUGAGGAAGCCAAAGGGAAACGCCAGUGGUCAUCUCCAGGUUAACAUACAUACUUGGAGGCAAGCUUUGGUUUCCACUCGGGAUUUGUUCAUUGUUGACAGUAAAAAAGAAAUAGAGUUUCUUCGGGACUCCGUAUUAUUAUUAUUAUUUGCUUCGACCAUGCAUGAGGCCGAGCGCAACAAGUUAUGUGUGAGAAAUUGGGGGUUGUGUGGCGGGGGACUCCGACCGAUACUGAACACAUAACCAGGAUUCCCGGGAGGAAAACAAUGGCCCAAAUGAUCAAUCACACUACGCAGUACGCAGUACGCUGCGUUAUGGAGAUAUGUUGUGUUACAUGCAAGGGUUGACGCGGUCGACUUACUUGCGUAGUUAGGCCAAAGGCUGCCGUCCCGCUGACUAUAAAAGAAUGAAAAUAAGCCCCAAAAAAGAAAACAAAAAGAAUAGUUCUAGCGUAUUCUUUUGGUGUGAGUCGUUUUAGCCUCUUAUUAUUAUUAUUCCAGAGGAUUUUUGUUUCCAACCCUACCCUACCUACCACGGAACCCUCCCGCCGAAGAUAUUCACAUAGAACACCCCUGCAAGUCUUCUAGUUCUACAAAUCAGCACCACUACUAUGCCUAUGCGAUACUUGUCACGCGUUGAAGCAGUGAUGGUAUCGUUCCUGGCUUCUGUUCCGCGCCUAUGAUGAUGGCGCGGACUUUUGAUGGCUUCCAGAGGUCCAGUAAGGGCCCAUAUAAACUUCCCCCUCGUUGGAAGCAAGCGGAAAACCUUCACCCCCCCCUCCCCCCCCAGUGUUAAAAUAGAGCGUUAGACCAACCUAUGAGAACUUUAGGUGAGAUGGGGCGUCGACGCUCUUGCAAGAUCAGCAUCUUAGUGAAAGAUCGUCCCUCCCAGCGGUUGCGAAGCCCCAUCUCUUGCUUUGUCUCUUCUUCUUGUUGACCAAUAAAAUAAUACGAUGAAAUAAAAUAAGAAAAACGAAAAAGAAAGAAACAAAAGUGUGAAAAUGAAAAGAAAGGACAGGAAAGUGAGGUUACUGAUCCAUUGGUGAUUCAAGCGUGGCGUUCAGUCCCCCUUAUUCAUCAUGCUAGAGUCGUCUUUUCCCGCUGGCUGGCUGGAGAGAGAGGGAGACACGAAGAAGGCAUCCAUGAGUAACGUAGUGGUAACUAGUAGUGGUGAUUUACGGUGAGUCGCCCACUUAGCCACCUCGCCGCUUACCUACCGCUGUUUCCAAUACGGAUUCCAUAGAUGGCAAUGCAAAAGGGGAUGGAACUGGGAAUCCACAAUCCACAAUGCGUGGAACACGACUCCUUGAAGCAAUCGGAAGCUCGCGCGCGCCUGGCUUUAGGGCAAAAUACUGUGUCAUAUUCUUGAACACGAUGCGAGAAUGCGAUGGAAGCCCCAUUCUUCCGUCCUCGAUACUGCGUGCAAUAAUGGUGGCAGAUGGGGGCAGAUGGUGGCAGAUGGUGGCAGAUGGUGGGGUUUGGCAGGCCGCCACAUUGGCAAACACAUUAGUUAGGGCCUGGAUGGAAAAGGCGUCAGUGGCAGAUUUGCAUAGCAGAUCAUUUCAGUGAUCAAAACCGGAAAUUCAAUUCUGAUUUCUGGCCGAAUGGUACAAUAUUCCACAAACGGCUGUGCUUCGGCCCGUUCGUCGAUGCAAGUCUCUCCACUAGUUAUCCGUGCCGACAGAAGAACAAAAUAUACCUUUUCCCAAGAGUUGAAACAACAAGUCAUGGUAAACUUUGGACGCUGUGAAGGACGCGCGUGGAGGCGCAGUUGAAGCAUACAUAGCUGGAAGUCUUUUUAAGCCUUGCUUAUUGUUGAUGGGAGAUUUUUGAGGCGCAAUCCGAUGAUCGCCUGCCAAACAUGUGCAGAACCUUGAUACUCACCGCCGGAUCCAUGCGUUGCACAGAUAGCAUACGUUACCAGUGUUGUAGGCUAAUUAAUGUAUUGGCUUUCUCCCCAUCGCGGCGGAGGCCUGGCCCGGCUAACUGAUGCGGCUUUGACGACGCUUUUUGGAGGUAGGGUAGGGGGUUGCAAAACAGGGAGGACUUCUGAAAUUGACAUCACUUGGCUGAAGUUAGGAAUACAAGCUUUUUCCAAUGAAUAAUUGAGAAUGCACCGCCUAGGCCCGCCAGUGUCACGGAAAUUUUCACCCAAUUUACCAACAGGUUCAAGUCAAUAUAGAUUGGUACUCGGGACAGGCAGAUCCCCCAUCCUACCCUUACUACUGUAUGAUUACACGAAUAGAGGCGGAUUUAGACGCUGAACCGCGCGCCAUUUGGGUAUAUAAAAAUCCUUGCUAACAGAGAAACCAGUGAAUGGACAUCUAUAUCUGAGUUGUGAUGCAUUGAGGGAUCAUGUCAGGAAAACUACCCUGGUUCCCUGACGCCCGUCCUGUGGUACUUGAAUGCUAAAUGCCAGAGGGCUGUCUGUCUCCGCCUGGAAGUUCCGCCGGUCGACGUCAUUCUGACAUUCAGAUAACUAUCAUUUGGUUAGCCCCUCCAUACAAACACUGGGAAGAUGACGUCGUUCCUAGGCCGAAUGUAUUACAUGCCUCCGCGUCCUCCCUUCAGACAAUCAUGGAAGGGAAUUCUUUAUUUCUGUCAAAAAGUUGUCUAUUCUAAUCCUGAAAAGUACCAGAAACAGUAUCUAAUCAAUCGCCCGCAAUGACUGGCAAGGCAACAGAAGGGUUUCGUAAGAUGAAGGGGCUUGUGGAAGGCGUGCAGCCAGGCGAGCAAAAGAUCGCAGACCUCGCUCGCGAUACUGCAGACGUUCAUUGGUCUACACCGUUCACGACUGACCAUGGCGUCAAAGUGAGCAAUACGGACCAGUGGCUCAGGCUUGCAUCCGAACAUCAAACAGGUCCAAGCCUCUUGGAAGAUCAGAUUGCUCGUGAGAAGAUCCACCGUUUUGACCAUGAAAGGAUCCCAGAACGUGUUGUGCACGCUCGAGGAACAGGUGCUUUCGGGCACUUCAAGCUUCUCGAGAGCGCAGCAGAUGUUACUUCUGCCGGAGUGUUGACUGACACAUCGCGGACUACUCCGGUGUUUGUUCGGUUUUCCACCGUCCAGGGCAGCAAAGGCAGCUACGAUACAGUCCGUGAUGUCCGAGGUUUCGCAACUAAGUUCUAUACGGAAGAAGGCAACUGGGACCUCGUGGGGAAUAACAUUCCUGUUUUCUUCAUUCAAGAUGCUAUAAAAUUCCCGGAUAUAAUCCACGCUGUGAAGCCGGAACCUCAUAAUGAAAUUCCUCAGGGGCAAACCGCCCAUAAUAACUUCUGGGACUUCAUGUAUAUGCACCCUGAAGCUACCCAUAUGUUUAUGUGGGCUAUGUCAGACAGGGCUAUUCCGCGAUCAUUUCGGAUGAUGCAAGGGUUUGGCGUCAAUACCUUUGUUCUAGUGAAUAAACAGGGGAAACGGCACUUCGUUAAGUUCCACUGGAUGCCAGAGCUUGGGGUUCAUUCGCUCAUUCCCGACGAAUCAUUUAAACUCGGUGGCCAAGACCCAGAUUUCCACCGUAAAGAUCUGAUGGAAGCAAUUGACAACAAGGUGUACCCGAAAUGGAAGUUUGGAAUCCAGGUUCUUCCGGAAGAGAAAGAGCAUGACUUCGAUUUCGAUAUUCUCGAUGCGACUAAGAUUUGGCCGGAGAGCCUGGUGCCUGUUCGAUAUAUUGGGGAGAUGGAGCUUAACCGCAAUGUUGACGAGUUUUUCCCUCAGACAGAGCAGGUUGCUUUCUGUACUAGCCAUAUCGUUCCUGGAAUUGAAUUCUCCGACGAUCCUCUGCUCCAGGGACGUAACUUCUCCUAUUUCGAUACUCAAAUUUCCCGCCUUGGUAUCAACUGGGAAGAGCUCCCUAUCAACCGCCCAGUUUGCCCUGUCAUGAAUCACAACAGAGAUGGUGCAAUGCGCCACAGGAUAACCCAGGGAACCGUGAACUAUUGGCCGAACCGCUUCGAGGCCUGCCCACCCACCAAGCCCGAGGAUGGAGGUUUCGUCACCUACCCUCAAAAGGUAACACAGAGCAUCAAAGCUAGGAUGCUUAGUAGCAAGUUCCGUGAGCACAUCAAUCAAGCGCAAUUAUUCUACAAUUCUCUCUCGGAUUACGAAAAACUCCACGUCCAGAAUGCCUUCUGCUUUGAGUUGGACCACUGCGACGACCCUAUUGUCUAUAACAGACUUGUCGAGCGGCUUGCUGAAAUCGACCUUCCCCUCGCCCAAGCCGUUGCCGUCAAAGUCGGCGCGCCCACCCCACAAAAAGCCCCACGAGCUAAUGAAGGUCAGAAGACAAUAAACCUCAGCCAAAAAUACAUCAACGACCGCCAACUGGCCACUCCCACUAUCAAAGGCCGAAAAAUCGCUAUAUUGAUCGGAGAUGGCUACGACUCUGUCGCCUUUGGCACGGUUAAAGCUGCAAUUGCCGCCAUGAACGCGUUGCCCGUCGUAAUCGGCACGAAGAGGCAAGCCAUCUUUGCCGACCAUGAGGACAAGGAUAGCAGCAAGGGCGUGAUUCCGGACCACAACUAUAUUGGCCAGCGCUCUACGCUCUUCGACGCUACUUUCAUCCCCGGUGGCUCGCAUAUCAAGGAACUGGGCCAGCUGGGCGCUAUCCAACACUGGAUCGCCGAGCAGUUCGGACACUGCAAGGCUAUUGGUGCUACGGGCGAGGCUGUUAAUCUUAUCGCGCAGGUUCUGAACAACCUGCCUGGGCUGGAGGUAUCAUCGGCCACUUCAGGGCAUCCAGUCGAAUGGUACGGUGUUGUCACGUCCAGCAAGCUGCACGAGCCCCACAGCUUGACGGAGGGGAUCAAGAUGUUCCCCGAGGCGAGGGAUUUCUUGGGCAAGUUCUUGUAUCAGGUUUCGCAGCAUCGGAAUUACGAGCGAGAGAUGGCAGGGUUAGCGGAUAAGGUCCCAUUUUGAAUGGAAGCGGAUCGGUUGAAAGCUGGUGGAAUCAGGACUGAUAAUGAGGAAUACUCAGGCCUCGAAAAACAAAAACAGUCACUGGAAAGCGUACCGAAUGCAGAUUGAAAACAAAAUCCUAGGUUUGAAGUUUUGCCUUCCUGUCUUCCCAUCUUCCCCAAGUUAUUUGAUUAGUAGCCAUCUGCUACGUUGCUUCUCACACAACUCAACACACGAAAAUGGCAAACUAAUUCUUGAAAAUGUAUGAUAUAUGCGUCUUUUUUUCUUCAGAAAUAAGUUGCUCUUAAUAAUUGAACAAAGUUAUUUUCGAUUCUAUUAUCGAGACACGUUCCUGCGGUAAUUGGUGGCGUCUGUAGCAUGCUGAUUAGUACGUUUCUGUCUCCGUGAGUGCUGCUACUUAACUAUCCCUAACCCCUGGAAGAGACGAGAGCCACUGAUUUUAAGAGAAGACCGGGAGGAUUUAGAACUGAAUAAGACUAUUAAUUUUCAAACCUAUAGACACUUUAUGAUACGGUGCGCCGUAAGGGAAAUAUUUGAUAGGAUGUCUCCCAAAAAAAAAGGCACACCCAACAACAUAAUCAGAAAGAAAUAACAAAUGAAUGGCAUAUUGGGUAUAUGUACGAAAAGGAAAAGAAAGUAAAUUAAUCAUGCGUAGGAGGCAAUAGCAGCAUCAAGAGAUGUUUCGCUAAAUUCCAGAAAGGGAAUGAAGAGAGGAUCGAUCCAGCAACCCAGUCAAUGAGGAAAGGAUAUAGUUGAGACAAUGUCAGUUCCCGGCAAUACAGAUGGUGUAUAUAAAAACAUAAGGGAAUUGAAGGUUGUAUGUAGACAAGAAAAUAGAACAGAGAUUUUCGCCGUGCAUAUGUAUUGAGACGAACGAAAAUACCACCAAAAGCAGGGACGGGGAAUAGCAAAUAAAGAAUGGGAUAUUAUCAAAGCCCCCAUCAUCCUCUCACGCCCAUCUCCACACAGGCCUCCAUACAUCUGCCUCCGUCUCUCGACUAUGCGCCAUAGUCUUCCUCCUAUACAUGCCAUUCACGCCAGCACUGUCGUUCCCAUCAACGCUUGCGCCACCAGCCGCACCGGAAAUACUGCUCAUAUGGCCCGUGGCCGACG